CCGGGCGCGUGCGCCGCGGUGCUGGCGGCUGGCUGGCGGGCAGGCGAUCGGAGGACGGCAUGGAGCCCGACGGCCGCUGGCGGAGCCUCCCGAGCGAGCCGAGCCUGAAGCACUUGACCGACCCCUCGUACGCGAUCCCGCGGGAGCAGCAGAAGCCCGCGCUGCAGGAGCUGACGCGGGCGCAUGUCGAGUCCUUCAACUACGCCGUGGGCGAAGGGCUCGGCCACGCGGUGCAGGCUAUCCUGCCUUUCGAAUUCGCUUUUAAAGAUGAACGGAUUUCCCUUACUAUUGUGGAUGCUGUCAUCACGCCGCCCUCGGUUCCCAAAGGGAGCAUCUGCAGAGAGUUCAAUGUCUAUCCGGCAGAAUGUCGGGGCCGCAGGAGUACCUACAGGGGAAAGUUGACAGCUGAUAUCAGCUGGGCAGUGAAUGGAAUCUCGAAAGGAAUCAUUAAGCAAUUCCUUGGCUAUGUUCCCAUCAUGGUGAAGUCCAAGCUUUGCAACUUGCACAGCCUUCCUCCACGAGCUCUUAUUGAGCACCAUGAGGAACCUGAGGAAAUGGGAGGCUACUUUAUCAUCAACGGCAUUGAGAAAGUCAUCCGAAUGCUGAUUAUGCCUCGGAGAAAUUUCCCCGUUGCCAUGAUAAGACCAAAGUGGAAAAGCCGAGGUCCCGGUUAUACUCAGUAUGGUGUUUCCAUGCGCUGCGUGAGGGACGAACAUUCCGCCGUCAACAUGAACCUGCACUACCUGGAGAAUGGCAUGGUCAUGGUGAACUUCAUCUACCGCAAAGAGCUGUUCUUCCUUCCCUUGGGAUUUGUGCUGAAGGCGCUCGUCAGCUUUUCUGACUACCAGAUAUUUCAGGAGCUCAUCAAAGGGAAGGAGGACGACUCUUUUUUCAAGAAUUCUGUGUCUCAGAUGCUGAGAAUCGUCAUGGAAGAGGGCUGUGCCACACAAAAGCAGGUCCUCCGUUAUCUUGGCGAGCGAUUCAGAGUCAAACUCAGCCUUCCGGACUGGUACUCCAAUGAGCAAGCUGCAGAGUUUCUGUUCAGUCAGUGCAUCUGUAUUCACCUGAAAUCCAGUACUGAAAAGUUUUAUAUGCUCUGUCUCAUGACCCGGAAGCUCUUUGCUUUGGCCAAAGGAGAGUGCAUGGAGGACAAUCCUGACAGUUUAGUGAAUCAAGAGGUCCUUACACCGGGGCAGCUCUUCCUCAUGUUUCUGAAGGAAAAAAUGGAAGCUUGGUUAGUAUCUAUUAAAAUAGCUCUAGACAAGAGGAAUCAGAAGACUAAUGUGUCCAUAAAUAAUGAAAAUUUGAUGAAGAUUUUAAAUAUGGGAACAGACCUAACAAAACCAUUUGAAUAUCUUCUUGCUACCGGGAAUCUACGUUCUAAAACAGGUCUUGGCUUCCUGCAAGAUUCCGGACUCUGUGUUGUGGCCGACAAGCUGAACUUCAUCCGCUAUCUCUCCCAUUUCCGCUGUGUGCACAGAGGGGCCGACUUUGCCAAGAUGAGGACCACCACGGUGCGCAGGCUGCUGCCCGAGUCCUGGGGCUUCCUGUGUCCCGUGCACACCCCAGACGGGGAGCCCUGUGGCCUGAUGAACCACUUAACUGCCGUGUGUGAGGUUGUCACACAGUUUGCGUAUACGGCCUCCAUUCCAGCUUUGCUCUGCACUUUGGGUGUUACUCCUGUGGAUGGAGCACCGCAUCGGCCCUACAGCGAGUGCUACCCCGUGCUGCUGGACGGCGUGCUGGUGGGCUGGGUGGACAGGGACCUGGCUGCGGGCAUCGCACAGUCGCUCCGACACUUCAAGGUCUUGAAAGAAAAGAGAAUCCCUCCCUGGCUGGAGGUAGCCCUUGUUCCCAUGACUGGGAAACCGAGUCUCUAUCCGGCCUUGUUCCUUUUCACCACUCCUUGCAGACUGAUGCGGCCUGUGCAGAACUUGGAACUGGGAAAAGAAGAACUAAUUGGCACUAUGGAACAGCUCUUCAUGAACGUCGCCAUCUUCGAGGACGAGGUUCUCGAAGGUGUCACUUCCCACCAGGAGCUCUUCCCGCACAGCCUCCUGAGUGUCAUCGCCAAUUUUAUCCCUUUCUCCGAUCACAACCAGAGCCCACGGAACAUGUACCAGUGCCAGAUGGGAAAACAGACCAUGGGCUUUCCACUUCUUACUUACCAGGAUCGAUCAGAUAACAAACUGUAUCGUCUUCAGACUCCACAGAGCCCUUUAGUGAGACCGUACAUGUACGAUUAUUAUGACAUGGAUAACUAUCCAAUUGGGACAAAUGCCAUCGUUGCUGUCAUUUCUUACACGGGCUAUGAUAUGGAAGAUGCCAUGAUUGUGAAUAAGGCUUCCUGGGAACGAGGAUUUGCCCACGGAAGUGUGUACAAGUCUGAAUUCAUCGAUCUCUCUGAAAAGAUCAAACAAGGAGAUGACAGUCUGGUGUUUGGAGUCAAGCCGGGGGACCCCCGGGUUUCGCAGAAGCUGGAUGAUGACGGCUUGCCCUUCGUUGGCGCCCAGCUACAGUAUGGAGACCCAUACUACAGCUACCUGAACCUCAACACCGGCGAGAGCUACGUGAUGUACUAUAAGAGCAAAGAAAAUUGUGUUGUGGACAACAUCAAAGUGUGCAGUAACGACUCGGGCAGCGCCAGGUUCAAGUGUGUGUGCAUCACCAUGCGGGUGCCCCGGAACCCCACCAUUGGCGAUAAGUUUGCCAGCCGGCAUGGGCAGAAGGGCAUCCUGAGCCGGCUGUGGCCCGCGGAGAACAUGCCGUUCACGGAGAGCGGCAUGGUGCCCGACAUCCUCUUCAACCCGCACGGCUUUCCCUCGCGCAUGACCAUCGGCAUGUUGAUCGAGAGCAUGGCGGGGAAGUCGGCGGCGCUCCACGGGCUCUGCCACGACGCCACGCCCUUCACCUUCUCCGAGGAGAACUCCGCCUUGGACUACUUCGGCGAGAUGCUGAAGGCAGCCGGCUACAACUUUUACGGCACCGAGCGCCUGUACAGCGGCAUCAGCGGGCUGGAGCUGGAGGCCGACAUCUUCAUCGGCGUGGUGUACUACCAGCGCCUGCGGCACAUGGUCUCGGACAAAUUCCAGGUCCGGACCACGGGCGCCAGGGACAAGGUCACCAACCAGCCCAUUGGCGGCCGGAAUGUCCAGGGCGGGAUUCGGUUUGGGGAAAUGGAGCGGGACGCGCUGCUGGCCCAUGGCACCUCUUUCCUCCUGCACGAUCGCCUCUUCAACUGCUCGGACCGCUCGGUGGCCCACGUGUGCGUGAGCUGCGGGAGCCUGCUCUCCCCGCUGCUGGAGCGGCCGCCGCCCUCCUGGUCCGCCCUGCGCAACCGGAAGUACACCUGCACCGUGUGCGCGCGCAGCGACACCAUCGACACUGUGGCCGUGCCCUACGUUUUCCGCUACUUUGUGGCCGAACUGGCGGCGAUGAACAUCAAAGUGAAGUUGGACGUCGUCUAACGGCAGGGGGCCUUCUGGAGACCGGACGGGGCAGAUUCUAUGAACUGGGGACGCUAAGCUCGAUGGGGGUGGCAUUACUAGGUUACUCAUGUAUUAUUUUCCGCCCCCCCAAGAGUAUUAAACUUCCCAGUUUAACUCAGGAUUUCCGAGUCUCCUGAGAUGGACCACCGAAAUAUAUUUUCAGCAGGUUUGUUCAAGACUUCCACAACUGCCUUCUUUAAAAUAUGUUAGGGCCAGAACGAUAGCGUAUGGCAGGUAGGGUGCUUGCCUUGCCGAGGCUGACCUGGGUUGGGUCCUCAGCAUGCCAAAUGGUGGGUCGUGUCUCAUCUCCUCCCCCUUCCCCCCCCCACACACCCAAGCAUCGCUGAAAGUAAUUGCUGAGUGUAGAACCAGGAGUAGCCCAUGAGUAUCGCCAGGGGUGACCCCCCCCCACCCGAAAGCCAAAAACAUCCAUUAGUACUAGAAGGCUGGAAUGGGGGCGGCCCCCUCCAGACUCCAGGUUCUGAGAUCCCUACUUUCAGACACGGAUUUCUACAGCAGAACAGACCAACACAAAGAGAGGUUAAGUCACAGAGGUGGUUUUAUAUUUUCUUAAAUUACAUGAAAGUGGAAACCAAAGGUAGAACUGUUUCUAACAGAUUUGUUGGCGUGUGGUCGCUACACUGAAGGCUCUGCUUGUCUGAAAUGUGUGGGAACUCCAAGCACAUCUGCCCCUCUGGAGGGGUCCUUCCUCCGUGCCCUCUGCAUUGUUUUGUGGUUUGUAGCUUAACGCUGAACUCGAGUUCUACCCUCUUAGCAAAAUGAACAUUGUGCCGUACAGCACGGUUCUGUGAACUCAGGCACAUCUCAGAACUCAGGAGUCUUAGGCAGCAGGACGUCGGCGCGUUGAGCAGCAGCUGCCUUUCUUCCUGCGGCCAUCACCCACGCUUGACUAUUUAUAUUGCAGUGACCCUGUCAUAGGGUGCAGCUUCCAUGUCGGGCCUUACCUGGCUGCUUUCAUUGUGGUUCCCAUCCCCCAGACGCCACAGUGCGGCAGACAGCAGUGCUUCCUUCUCGAGGGCUCCUGGUGCUCUCUCCUAUGUACUUGGUACAUUUUCUUUGUUUGUGGUGGUAUUGUUUCCACAUCUUACAAAUAAUGUUACUGAAGUUUAAUAUAGAGAAAGUAUAUUUUGCAACAUUUUCAGUAUGGAACAGAUCUACAAAUUAUAUUGAUAUUUUACAUUUUUUUAAAUACUAAAUCUAUAAAACCCAGUGGCUGCUUUUUCUCUUCUUUGUGUACAGUAUUCAUUGUGUGGCGGUAUUGCCCCCUGCCCAUUUUAUUUGUGUUAUUCUGUUCUUUGACUAUUGGAGGGUUGCAGCAGUAUAUAUGUCUACACUUCUGCAAGUAAAAUGUGCUAGCUGAAAUUAAAUACUUUUUCCAAGGGAGCACAGAGAAAGUACAGAGGUAGGGUGCUUGCCUUGCACCGGGCCAGUCAGGGCUCAAACACCAACACGUGUCCUGGGAGCAUCACCUGAAGUAGUACAUGAGCAGCUCAGAGCCAGGGGUAAGCCUGGAGACCACGGGAGUAAUCCCCCACCCGCCCCACCCCCUGCAAAAAAAAUAAAGGUUUUCUAAGAUAAAUCUUAGGAGUCUGCUGUAGGUGCCUUAUAAGGUAUAAGACAGGUCUAGACAAGAAAAAAAUUAUCUUUUCAAGGUACAUGCAUACUUGGCUUCCUUAAACUGUAGGGAAAACAGGAAACCCAAGAUUUUACUGAGACUCCCCCAGUGAGUAAAUGCAACUAAACUAUCUCACGCAUUUCAGAUUACCCCUGCUUUAUGAUCCCACAACCGAGGUCUGUUGCUCCCAUCUCCCCACUUUCAUUGUGCCCCAUUAGAAAUAAUAAAAUAGGGACUCAGGAUAGAAGGUAAGGGACUUGCCUUGUACACAGCCAACCCUAGCACCAAGUGAUCCUUCAGAAACUGCCAGGGGUCAGUUCAUUUUUGGGGGGCACUCCCAGCAAUGCUCAGGGGUUCCCCUGGCAGUGCUCGGAGUACCGUAUGGGAUGCUGGGGAUCGAACCCUGGUUGGUCACGUGCAAGGCGAGCACCCUACCUGCUAUACAAUAGCUCCAACCCUAGGGGCUGGGGUGGUGUCAUUUCUGAGCCUGGCUCAAACACCCCAAAAAGCUAAAAUAAUAAUUAAAAUGUUUCAGCUUUUAAUUUAAAAUUACAGGCUCACUACCAAAAUAGUGACUUUGGGGGUGUGCCAGGGAUAUAGCAAGAUUGAAAAGCCAACCUUGGAAAACUCAGGGCCUCUUCCUAUUUCACUGGCUUCACAAGGCACUCACUUCUGUUUAGUUUUAUCACAUGUUUAGGCUGACAAACACUGGUUAUAUAAUCAAGAUACAGACUUGCUUCUAUGGGCCUGGACAGGUAAUACGCCAGUGAGGUGCUUGCUUUGCAUACAGCUGGCCCAGGGUUGGUGUCCUGAGCCCACCGGUAGUGAUCCUAAGUGCCACCAGGUAUGGCUUUCCCCCAAAAAAGUUUAUCUCCAUGCCAAAAGCCAUUCUGUGCUAUCCUUAAAGUUAUCCCCUGACACCUUGGCAGCCACCGCUAACAUUCAUCUCAACAUUUUAAAUGAUGGGUUCCUAUUGUAUGUGACAUUUUAAGAGUUGGAUUCCUAUUAUAUGUGACCUUUGAGAUCUUGAAUCAACACCGUUCCCUUGAGAUUCAUCCAGGUUGCUGCAUGGAUCAAUGUUUGAUACUCUUUAUUGUUUGUUUAUAAAGGAAGUUGU